UUCCCAGUGAUAAGAAAUCAGAACUGCUGCCUGUCGGAUGGAACAACAAUAAAGACCUGUACGUCCUCCGGUAUGAGUCGAAGGAGGGGUCCAGAAAGCUCCUUAUGAAGGCUGUCACUGUGGAGAAGAGCAUGAUCAUCAAUGUGCUGGAAUAUGGCUCACAGCAAGUGUCAGAUUUGACCCUCAACUUGGAUGAUUAUAUUGAUUCAGAAAACCUGCUUGACUUCCACAGGACCUACAGGAACAGUGAGGAACUUCGGUCUCGUAUUGCAUCUGAAAUCAUCACACCUCUCCACGAGCCUUGGGACAAGGCUAGUGUAAGCAGUCCCCAUCGGGAGUUUCCGCCUGCCACUGCCAGAGAGGUGGACCCACUCCGGAUUCACCCACAGCACCCACACAUUAGCCGGCCUCCUUCCUGGUGUGAUCCCCUGGGCCCAUUUGCUGUCGGGGGAGAGGACCUAGACCCCUUUGGGUAUCGGAGAGGUGGCAUGAUUGUGGAUCCUCUGAGAUCUGGCUACCCAAGAGUACCUAUUGACCCAUCCUCGGGCCUCCCAAACCGGCUUCCUCCAGGCGCUGUGCCCCCAGGAGCGCGCUUUGACCCCUUUGGACCCAUUGGGACCAGCCCAGCUGGCCCGAGGCCUGACAGAUGUGGUCAGUGAUGAACCUUAUGCUGGAGUGGAGAGAGCACCAUAGAGCACCAGGCUCAGACGCAAGACAUCAAAGCACUAGUCACUUUGGCUCCACAACUAGCAUUUCAGCCAUGUUUGGGUCCUUUCACUUCUCAGCUCCUUGGGUUCCUUCCCCUAAAUUAGGACGUAUUAUUUCUCUGUGGGCAGAGGCUACCAGAGCCUUUCUGAGGUAUCUGCUAAUGUGCUAUAGCCUGGGACUCCCUGUUUGCCCUGCCGGAGAGUGGGUUAGGGGUAAAAAAAAUUGGCCCAUAGGCCCAAGGUCAACCUAAGAUGUGGAGGCUGGGCCAGGGUGGAGAAGCUAGCAUGAGUGGGCUCUCUGGGCAUUUCUGGCAGACCCCAUCUCUAGCACUGACCUAGUAAAAGACCAGCUUGGUCCUUUAGAACACGUGUGCUCUGGAGAAGGGCCCAAGGUCAGGCAGAGCUGCAAAUGUAGUCAUCAAUCCUAGUUUGCUUCCCCAAGGACCAGCAAUGAUGGAAUGUUUUUAUUUUUGCAAUUGGCUCAUACCUGCUACCAAAAGGACAUGGGCAAUUUACUCAUAAAAGCAUCCUUUACUCUAAAAGGAGGCUUAAAGGAACAUCUGAGCAGAGACCAUCUGACAAGCAGGGAAGGGGGAUAGAUCACUUUUAGGACCCUGACUCAAAGAAAAGACAAGAUCAAAACAGUAAAUUUGCCACUUAGAUUUACUAGUAGCAAAGGUCAAAAGGAUAGUCCAAUACAUAACUCUGUUUUCUGAAAACAGAAACUUUAGUGAUUCAUCUGAAGAAUCAGCCAUUUUUGUGUUUGGGUCUCCUUGCAUCAAGGACAUUGAGUAACACAGAUGAUGUCUUAGUUCCAUGGGGGCUUUUAGGAACUUCUUGGUCAAGCUGUCUGUGCUUGUAGUCGGGCCACGUCCUUCCUUCCAGCCAUAAGUUAUUGCCAAGCAGCAAAUGGGAAUGGUUCGGGUUUGUUUUUUGGAACCCUAAAGGUUGGAGCCUUAAUAAAUAUCAGCACUUAAUAA